AUGGCAACCAAUAGCAAGGUACCCCUCAACCUGGUUCUGGGAACCAACAAUAUCGGAGACAGCUCCAAGGACCCUGUGGCGACUAUCGACAGCUCGGAGCAGGCCAAAGCAUUCCUCGAGACCUUUGCCCAACGCGGGUACUCCGAGGUCGACACCGCACGCUGCAGCAAGGUCAUGGCGGCGCCGCACACCAAGGACAACAUCCUCAAGGGCAUCGAUGCCUUGCUCGAGGACCUCAAGAUCAAGCAGAUCGACAUCAAGUACCUGCACAUGCCCGACCGCGCCACGCCCUUUGACCAGCUGUGCGAGGCUAUGGACCACUCCAUCCGGGAGACUAAGAUCCGGCGCUGGGGUUUGUGCAACUACGCUGCGGACGAGGUUGCCCAGAUCGUCAGGAUCUGCGAGGAGAGGGGCUUCGUCAAACCCAGCGUGUACCAGGGCCCCUACAAUGCGGCCGUGCGGGGCGCCGAGAAGGAUCUCUUCAAGGUGCUGCGCGACAACGACAUGUCGUUUUACGCCUACAGUCCUGCUGCGGGUGGCUUGUUCGCCGGCAACCACAAGGGCGGCAGGAAGGGCGGCAAGUUUUGA